AUGAUUCGUCCUGGUGCUGAUGUUACAGUAACUGUUCGAACUGUGUCUUUAGCUAAAAGCACAAUAUGCUUAGGUCUUAAGGCGACCAAACGCUCAAUCAUUGAUGCUGGUGGUAAAGAAGAUAACCUCAACGUUGUUAUCGCGGAUAUCACCGAUGCCUUAGGAAGAGAGAAUAUUAUCACAAGCACAAUUCAAAAAUGGGGCAAAAUUGACAUUUUGGUAAAUAAUGCUGGUGGAUUAUUGCGUGAUGAGCAUGGUUCUGGUGGAAUUAGUGCUGAUGCGGAGGUGCUGAAAAAGACAAUGGAUCUGAAUGUUUACAGGUGUUGA